UUCAGAUCUCCGCUCCUCUGCUGUUUUGCUGGGUGACGGAACCUUCCAUACCGUCAGUAUAAUUUUGUAGAGAAGAUAAUUGUUUAAUGGCCGACCUCUCCAAUGCUUCGCCUGGUAGAAGCAUACUGCUCUUGACGGAGUUCUCGUUGUCGUUUCAGUUCCGCUAGUCGCGCCUUUUUGGCGAGAAGUUCCUCUUUCCGCGACGACGACAUGGUGCCUCUGUCGACGAAUCACGCAGGCGGUAACGCAAACAGGAUACUGGGAUUCAAUUGACACGAAGAGGCAGAGAGACUCGGAGUCGCGCCUCGGGUUGGGAGUGGAUUCGCGAAGUCACGUGUCAUCUCUGUUGGGCGCAGGAUGAGCUUCCGGAAAAGCACGAAUCGAAUUGUUCUCAGAUUCACAACUACAGCUUUCAUUGAGACCACAUUCCCACCACCACUGCACACGGCAACUUUUACGUUCGGGCGGCAACAGGACACUCACAACUGCAGGUCGUGGACUACGAAUUUCCUGUUAAAUCCCGAGUUCCGCCAUCGUGCGUGCUGUUUUCUCACCAUGUCCACCUCCCAAGGAGUCAAUGUGCUCCGGUACUCUGCCCUCGUUGCAGGCGUCUUCUACGGCUUUUACCACCAGAGAACGAUUUACGCCCGGAACGCAGAAGCUCACGCGCAAGCCGAAUACCAACAUAAGCUCGAAUUAAUAGAGAAAGCAAAGAAGGAGUGGGCCAAGAAGACUCUUCCUCCUCAAUCUAAGACGUCCGGCGGCGACAUCGUAACGGAUCCGAACGACAAGAACUUCGACCUCGAAGCAUAUCUGACCAAACUGGCGGCGGAGAGUUGAAUGAGGAGCAAGGACAGGAUGGAUUGAAAGCUCGUCAAACGACUAGGCCUUGAAUAUACUCGAAGAGAGUGGGUGCCACCAAUAGAUUCGGCGUUGGUCUGAAUUGAUACCCCUGCAUUCUGGUCUCGGCCAUGGUGUCCUGCCAUGGUUGAAGGGGAAAAGCACACCAGAGAACUCAUCAAAAUUGUACAUACAUACAACGGCAGCCCUUAGCUGUAAUUCAGGAGCAUUUUGAUAUGUUUGAGAGAUUCGGCAGCUUGUGGGUUUGGUUUCCUCGCCCAGUCUUCGACCGAUCGCCACUUACUCGAUGACGGAGAUUUUCGACCUAUUGGCGAGACGUGCAUUUUCCAAUUGAGUUGACUCUGAUCCUACAGAGCAGACGGAAAUGAACGAAGUUCACAAGCAUUGACUAGGAACCAGACACCUUGGAACCGGCAAUGAUCCAGUGCCGGUCCGAUGCAGCCAGCAACCGGGCGCUGGACCCUGCCCCAGUCUUGCUUUCUCUUGAUACUUCUGUCGGGGUUUUACCAUCUCCUGUCGCAAUAUAGGGCCGGCUUUCUAACCAUAUACUGUACAUGUCCCGAUAUCGUCCAUGAGAUCCCAAGUAUUGGGUUAACGACGGACCUGAUAAUCCAUCCCACUUGGAGAAAGCGCAACGGCGAGGUCACGGGACAUCGAGUCAGGGGUGUCUCGUCGUGCAGCCUCCCAGUGUGAGGUUUGUGCAAAAUUGCACAAUAUGGCACGAACCCAUAGGCAUAUCGCAUGAUGCCCUCAGCCUGGCGUGAGUCUCCAAGACCUUGGCUGUGGGGAUUCUGAUGGGCGUUGUUGCGAGAUCCAUUCUUUUCACUUUACAGUGGUACCAUCUCACCAUGGCAGGGCGGAAUUACGCAAAUACAAAGUUGUACACUAGUUGUAAGGUAGUCCUGCUAGCAUUCUGC